AUGUUUGUCCCUCAAAAAUUGAUUGUUCAUUAUCAUCAUUGUUCUGUAAAUAAUGUUGGUGAUAUUUUUAUAGAUUAUUUAAACGUUUUACUAUUUUUCCUAAAAAAUUUCUUUAAUUGUACUUUUAUACAAUUUGUGGAAGAAAUACAUCCUUAUAGUAAUGGAGUUUACCCUUAUGCUUUUAAUACUUUAGAAGGAAAAGUUUUAUAUGAUAUAGAAAUUGUUGAUUAUAUGAAAAAUAUUUAUUUGUUUGAUUUAAUUGAUUAUGAAUUAUAUAUUGGACUAAUAAGUGAACUCAAUAUAAUAUUGCUAUAUUACUUGUGGGUUGAUGAUAAUAUAUAUAAUAAUUUUACAAAAAAAAUAUAUAAAGAUAGAUUUUUUUAUUUAUAUUAUAUUUACUUAAUAAGAAAGCUAAAGAAAGAAAAUUUACAAAAAUGCCAAAUGAGAGGAUUGGAUAACCAUAAAUUUAAUAUACAAAGGCUGAAAACAAUAAUAAAUAUAUUAGAUAAUAUUGUAAGUGGUAGUUAUAACUCAACAAAUAAAAAUGAUAUUUGUUUUUUCCAUUGCAUAUGCUUUUCUAUACUAUCAAUAUUUUAUUCUAUACCUUCUAAAUUUAACAAAGAAUUACAAAAUGUUUUAAUAUCAAAGCCUAAGUUGAUAGAUUUCGUUAAAGAUGUAAAUAGUAAGUAUAGUAUUUGGAAAAAUGAAAAGGUUUUCCUCUCAGGUGUUAGUGAAGUCUGUUGA